CUUGGAGGCUUUGUAACACGCCAGGGUAAUAAUUGCAAGCGCUUCUAACAUGGAAAAUAACUUGGAGAAUUUGAUUCUUGAAGGUAAAGUACCUGGUUUGCUCAAGUCGUGUCGUUAUUCAGAAGCGUUGAAAACUCUUGAAAAAAUUAACCUUGACGACACCGAUACGUGGAGGAAGAUAUAUUUGCUUUUAAUGCGACUCGUCUGUCAGAUAGAACUGGAAAAUAAUCACAGUGCUACUAAGACGCUGCUGAGUAUUGUUAACAGCACUAAAAGUACGCAAGUAACGGGAGCAGAGUUGGAUAGAUGUGUAGACACAUAUCUAUUGGACGGCGAUAUUAUACCUGCAUUCGCACUUUCCUAUACAGCGUGUGAAUUAUAUAAAUCAUCAUCGAGUCCCACUGGAAUUGAAAAAUGUGUUACCAAGUUGGCUGAGGCUAUCGUCAAACCAAAACCGCCGUCUAAAUCCAGAGGCAUUAACAUCAAGAAAAUACGUAAAUUUUUGCAAAGUCAUCUAGUGCCAGCGCUAUGGGAAAUAUCAAACGGCCUGAAUGCCAUGGAAUGCAUCGGAAGAGAAGAACGCACAAAAUUAUUUGGAAGUUGUGUAUAUCAAAUUUCUCAAGUUCUCUAUGAACUUCGACAAUAUGAAAAGGCAAUUUCAAUAUUAAAAAAAUCUAUUGAGGCCCUAAUGUCAUAUCCACCGUCGAUGGUACUUGGCGAUAGUAUCAUGUUACUGGCUUCUAUCUAUCAAAAGAAAUAUGGUACUCCGGAGGCCCUUGUUCAGUAUUACGUAGCUAGAGUUGUUUUUCUAAGCAUGAAUAUACUUUAUGGAUCUGACAAUUCGGAAAAAAUUGCCGAAGUUAAAAAGGCCAUAUAUUACUGCGAAAGAAUCGCUGAUGCUGACUCCGUGACAGUUAUGCAGUUUCAAGGGAAAGACGAGGUUUACCAUUACUACGAAGAAGCGUGA